AUGGCUCCCUCCAACCUGCCCUCCGUCAUGAACGCCACCAGCCAGGACAUCGAGACCCUGCUGGCCGCUCAGUGCCACCUCGGCUCCAAGAACCUCCAGGUUCACAUGGAGAACUACCUCUGGAAGACCCGUCAGGAUGGUGUCAACGUCAUCAACGUCGGCAAGACCUGGGAGAAGAUUGUCCUGGCCGCCCGUGUCAUCGCUGCCAUUGACAACCCCGCCGACAUCUGUGUCAUCUCUGCCCGUCCCUACGGUCAGCGUGCCGUCCUCAAGUUCGCCGCCCACACUGGUGCCACUGCCAUUGCUGGUCGCUUCACCCCCGGUUCUUUCACCAACUACAUCACCCGAUCUUUCAAGGAGCCCCGUCUGAUCAUCGUCACCGACCCCCGAACCGACGCCCAGGCCAUCAAGGAGGCUUCUUACGUCAACAUCCCCGUCAUUGCCCUCGCCGACACUGACUCUCCCACCGAGUACGUCGAUGUUGCCAUCCCCACCAACAACAAGGGUCGCCACGCUAUCGGUGCCGUCUGGUGGAUGCUCGCCCGUGAGGUCCUCCGCCUCCGUGGUACCAUCUACAACCGCGAGACCCCCUGGGACGUCAUGGUCGAUCUUUACUUCUACCGUGACCCCGAGGCUGAGGCUGAGGACAAGGUCGAGGAGGAGAAGCUCCCCGGCGCUGACGAGGAGGGCCCUGCCGCCAUCGAGUCCGGCUUCCAGGCCUCCGCUGGUGCUGACUGGGAGGCUCCCGCCUCUGGCUUCGCCGGUGCCUCUGGCGCUGCUGCCGCUCCUGGCUGGGACGGCGCUGCCGGUGAGGAGUGGGGUGCUGCCCCCGCUAACACCGAGUGGGCUGCUUCCGCCGAGCCUCCCAAGGAGUCUCAGUGGUAG